AUGCCCACAGGUUCUUGCAUCGGCGGCUAUAAGUAUGAGCCAUCACACGAGUUGAGCAACGAGGCCUCGUCCGAGGCCCAGAGCAGCUGCUCCGAACACCAAUAUCGCGACUUUGAGGACGACACCUCGAACACUACUCUGGGUCAGCUCAACUCUGGUAGCAAGGAGGAGCUACUGGAAGCGAUUGACAAACUUCGCAACGAGAACAUCGAUGCCGAAGUUUCGAUCCCGCAGAUAGUGGUCUGUGGUGAUCAAUCUAGUGGCAAAAGCUCUGUCCUGGAAGCCAUUGCCGAUGUCAGCUUCCCAAUAGGCAUCAAUACAGUCACCCGUUUUGCCACGGAAAUCAUUUUGAGGCGUGCACAGGACGAGUGUGUCAGCGUCAGCCUUCGUCCUGGACCAUCUCGUGGGCUGGACGCCCAGGAGCGUAUCAAAGCUUUCAAACCAAACUUCGAAGUCACAGGAGCGAGACAUGUCAAGGAGGUCAUAAAAGCUGCUCUUGAUCAUCUGACCGACUUUGAGCCUCACGGUAGCGUCUGGUCAGAUGUUCUUCGGAUCGAGCUUUCUGGUCCUACGAAAGAGCACUUGACGCUUGUUGAUGUACCGGGCUUGAUACAAGCGAAUGUAGGCACACGAAAAGGAGACAAGGCGAAGAUACUCGAGCUUGUGAAAUCAUACCUGGAGAAGCCAAGAUCUAUCGUUCUCGCAGUAGUCAGCGCACAGUAUGAUCUUGGUGUGCAGCAAGUCAUCGAACUUGUCCGGUCCGAUGAAGCAGUCCGUAGACGUACUCUCGGUGUGAUCACCAAACCAGAUUGUCUGAGAUCGGGAUCUGACGCCGAAAAAGAAGCUAUCCAGUUAGCGGAAGGCCAUCGAGUUCGCAUGGCCCAUGGGUGGCAUGUUCUCCGAAACCAGUCGCACGAAGAAGAGGACCGCUCAGCUACAAAGAGGCGUGAGAUGGAGCUGGACUUCUUCACGCAUGGUAAUUGGUCUCGAGUCAAGAAAUCUAAUGUUGGGGCUGAGAGACUGGCGCACAAGCUCAACGAAUUGCUUUUCGGUUGCAUCGCCACGGAGCUGCCGACGCUGCUGGAAGAGCUUGAGCUCAAGGCGCAAGAGUCGGCUUGUAGAGGCCUCUCUUAUGGCGAUUAUGAUAAAAGUGAAUUCAAGGACUACUUCGACGAUGACAGGAGCAAGCGUCUGCGGACUCUGGUCAAUGGCAAUACGGAUCAAUUCGCUGCGAGACUGCGGACCAACGGUUGUCAAUAUCGCUUCGUGUCGAGCGGAGCAGAACUCGUCAGAGGGCAAGGAGUCUCCAAAUCUCCAACAUUCUUUCCGCCAUAUCUGGAGAAGGGCAUGCGGGCUUUGGAUACAGUGAGCAUCGAAGUUGGAGCCUACUGCCAAGCAACUGCAGCCCAUCUGGACGACCUCCAAGGCCCAUAUCUUUCUGGGCUAUUUCCCGCUAAGCUAAUUACGUCCAUAUUUCGACAGCUGUCGACUCCCUGGAAGACCAAUGCUCAACAGUACGUCAAAGACUGUCACACCGCCAUGCGCACCUCCCUUGAGGCAGCUGUAAUGCAUGUGGCAGACCGGGUGACUGGCCGAAGGCUUAUGAAUAUACUCCUUAGCCCGGAGAUGGAUGACAGGUGGUCGAUGUUGAACAAAAAAUUGACCGAGAUCAUGUGGCCUCUGACAAGUGCGCAUCCCAUGACUUGGAGCCGAGUAUACACUCAGAAGGUAGCCGAGGACAAGAGAGAUACGAUGACAGCGUUGGGUGCCAUGGAUCCUCCAUCCCGGAAAUCCUCCACGCACAAUGCCGAUAUCCUCCAGCAUUAUCUGCAGGCUCAUGGCAGUGGUCUACCUCAGAAGGAGCGAGCAGCCGCUGAAGCUAUUGAAAAGGCUGAUGCGUACUAUCAGGUCGCACUUGACACUUUCGUGGAUAACUGUGCACUGCUUGUGGUUGAGGCGUGCCUCCUCAACAAUCUUAAUAAUGUGUUUGAACCCGAGCAAGCAUGGAAUAUGGACCCAGUUCGCCUUGCUGAAGUUGCGGCGGAGCCAGAAGAAGCUCGUGCGGAACGAAUCCAGGCUCGGGCCCAGCGCGUGGCGCUUGAAAGUGUCAUCAGCACAUGUAAGAAAUACGAGCGACCAUUGGAAGUUAUCAACCUGUCCAGCUUGAGCAUCGACGACACUCCCACACGCCGCGAGCUCUCUCAGCCCUCAAUCGUCUUUGGCGGCAACCAAGGACAAAGCGUCUUCAACACAGCGCCAACAAAUUCUCAGAAUAGUAAUCACGUCACUACCGGUGGGAUUUUUGGGCCCGCUACUGCGUUCUCUGCAAGCAAUGGUCUUUUUGGACAGCCGCGCGCUGUUCAAGCAACCGGUGGUGGAUUUGGUGGUAGUGCUACCGCCACUAAUGGGACUAACCCCUUUCCGUCCUUUGAAUACAAGCCGACAAUUAAUCCACCAAACCCCGGCCCUACGGAUAGUAAGUCCACCACCCCACUUCCACCUUAA